AUGCCUUUCCCAGGCGAUACACUCCCUUCAUUAACCGUGCAUUCUCCCCCUACACUGCACAAUAACCAGACUCUACCCCUACACCACGACCCUCAGUUUCCACACGCGCAAGAGCUAGACGAACUAGCUCCAGUUGGUCAACGUCAUAAGAGAAACCCUUCUGCCAGCUCAGAAAAGGAAGACACGCAGCAUCUCCUUGCAGCAGACUCCUCAGACUCAGACGAAGAAGACACGGAGAAUUCUAUGGGUACCAAAGCCCGACGACCUCGUUCAAAAGAGCCAGCAGGCUCAGCCUCCUCGACCGGAGGCCAAAACGGUCACGCAAACGGCAGCAUGAACAACAAUGUCGAAUACCGGAGGAAGAACGCCUCCCUCGAAUCACCCUCCAUCACUGCCAACCUGAUGUCCAGGGAGUCUUUUACGUUAGACGAACACGUCCCGCGCACGCCGACUAUCAAUAAUCAUGGCUUCUUUCAGCUGCCCAUGCAGGAUAGGAGGAAUUUCGGACUGUUGGUUCUGUUAUAUUUUCUGCAGGGCGUGCCGAUGGGACUGGCGACGGGCUCGGUGCCAUUUCUGCUGAAGCCACAUAUGUCGUACGGUGCGCUUGGCGUGUUUAGCUUGGCUUCAUAUCCGUAUUCGUUGAAGCUGUUAUGGAGUCCGGUGGUGGACGCGGUAUGGAGCCCCAAGCUCGGACGGAGAAAGAGUUGGAUCAUGCCGAUUCAGAUGUUAUCCGGGUUUGGGAUGAUAUGGCUUGGUGCGAGAGUAAAGGAGAUGAUGGUUACGGCUGGAGAGAAUGAUGGUGCUGGAAUUUGGGGAUUUACAGGAUGGUGGUUCUUCCUGGUUUUCAUGUGCGCGACACAAGAUAUUGCGGUUGAUGGCUGGGCUCUGACCUUACUGACACCGGGGAAUAUCUCUUAUGCGUCGACAGCACAAACGGUUGGCUUGACCGCCGGCCAGUUCAUGUCGUAUACCGUUUUCCUGGCCUUCAACUCCCCGGACUUCGCCAAUAAAUGGUUCCGAAAAAUCCCCCUGGAGGAAGGUGUUAUGACGCUGGGAGGAUAUUUGACAUUUUGGGGCUGGGCAUACAUAAUUGUUACGCUGGGCCUCGCGUUCUUGAAGAAGGAAGAGAAGACCAAGAACGAAGACGGGAUCUGGGACGUCUACAAAGUGAUGUGGGGAGUCUUGAAGCUCAAGAACAUCCAAACAAUCAUCAUCGUCCACUUGAUCGCCAAAAUUGGCUUCCAAGCCAACGACGCCGUCACAAACCUGAAGUUGAUUGACAAAGGAUUCAGCCAGGAAGACCUCGCCUUGACUGUCUUGAUUGAUUUCCCUUUCGAGAUUGGACUGGGAUAUUAUGCAGGAAAAUGGUCAACAACAUACACCCCUAUGCGUCUCUGGUGCUGGGGCUUCGUGGGGCGCCUGAUAGCAGCUGUCCUCGCACAGAUAACAGUCAUCAUCUUCCCCUCCAAGGGCGUCGAUACAUGGUACCUGCUCGUCGUCAUCGCAGAGCACAUCUUCUCGACGUUUACGAAUACCGUUAUGUUUGUCGCGAUCUCGGCCUUCCAUGCCCGCAUCGCGGAUCCGGUCAUUGGGGGCACGUAUAUGACUUUGCUUGCUACUGUCUCCAACUUAGGCGGCACCUUCCCUCGCUACUUCGUCCUAAAACUCGUCGACGCCUUCACAGUUGCAACCUGCAUCCCGCCAGCCUCCGAUUAUAAACUUGACCCCAAACUCCGCGGCCCCCUCGUCACCGAAGCCUUCUCCUGUGCUGCUUCCAAAGCAAAAUAUAUGUGCAUACAAGGCGGAGGGGUCUGUGAUAUUAGCAGGGAUGGCUAUUAUGUUAUGAAUAUUGUUUGUGUAUUGAUUGGGGUGGUUACAUUCUGGGGGUAUAUUAAACCGGCUGCUAUUAAGUUGCAGGGGUUGCCGUUGAGGGCUUGGAGGAUUGCUGAAGGGACCACGUGA